AUGAUGCAAAUAGUUCGAAGAUGCAGAAAAGGAUGUAAAAUAUCAAAGAUGCAGAAAAUGACGCGAAAUAAGAAGGAUGCAGAAAAGGAUGUAAAUAGUUCGAAGAAGAAGCAAAGGAUGCAAAAUAGCAAAAACGCAGAAAAUGAUGCAAAUAGUUUGAAGAUUAAGAAAAGGAUGCAAAAGAUCAAAAAUGCAGAAAAGGAUGCAAAAUAUCAAAAAUACAGAAAAUGA